AUGGAAGUCAGACAUUCUACGAGUUUAACAAACAAUCUUUCACGACCAACAAUCGCUUUGUCGGAAGAUGAGCGAGAGAUCAGUCCCGGUCGAACAACAUCGCGCACUCGAAAUUCCAAAACCAAUUCUUCACGUGAUAAGAAAAACACACGAAGCAGACCUAAAAAAUAUCGACCUCCUCUCACGCGAACCACUCAAGUCAUGUCCAAUGCAAUUCGUUUUGUAGAUGAAUGUCAUCUUAAAUCCAUAUCAUCUGAUCAAAUCGCCGGCGAACAUCCGCACAAUGUUCAGAGACCUACAAUACGUCAGGCACGCAUGUCGUUCGACGAAACAAAGAUGAAUGAAAAUCUUAUCAGAACUCGAAUACUCUCGUCGGAAGAAGUCGAAGAGAAAAUGACGCGUUUGGAAGAAAAACUCAAGGGCGAUCAAGAACUAGACAUGACUGGAAUCCUUAAUUUAUCCUCGAUGAACUUAAUCGACAAUGAUUUAUCAUUGAUUAUUCAACAAAUAUUCUACAAUCAACGAAAGCACUGCACCGGAUUGAUCCUUCGCAAUAAUUUCAUCUCGUCUGCUGGAGUAAAAAUGCUUGUUGAAGAGCUACUUCUCACAAAAACCAACCUGAAAUUUCUUUCUCUAGCAAACAAUUCUAAUGUAGGUGAUUCAGCUGUUGUAGAGUUAAUUCGUUACUUAGAAAUCAACCAUUGUUUAACUCUUCUGGCUUUACCACAAACAGGUAUUACGGAUUAUGGUGUUCGACUGUUAGCUGAUGUUCUCUGUGGCAUCAAUACAGAUUUUAUGUGUUCGACAUUGGAAAAAUUGGAUAUUUCAUUCAAUAAAUUCAUCACUGAUCAAUCGUUGGAAGCCUUGUUGAAUAUUGUUAUGCAAAAUGAAACAUUGAAAGAACUUUCUAUACAACAUUGUAGUAUGUCGGAUGAAAUUUUACAAGAACUGAAACAAUCAAAUACGAGAAAAAGAAAAAGAAAAUUGAUAUUUUCUGAAUGA